CAGUCUUCCCAUCGCAUGGCCGUGACACUUGCCACAAACAGGGCUUCACAGAUUAAAGAUGGCGCCCUCGCACACACUGAGGUGCUGUAAACGGGUUAUUAACUGGAUACCUGUCCUCUUUAUCAACCUGGUCGUGGGCUGGUCUUACUACGCUUAUGUAGUGGAGCUUUGUGUUUAUACAAUCACAAACAAUGCAGAGCGAAUCAGUUACCUGAUCAUCUUCCACAUUUUCUUCUUCAUGUUCAUAUGGUCUUACUGGAAGACCAUCUGCACAAGACCAGCGGAACCAUCAAAAGUGUUCACCCUGCCGAGAGUGGAGAAAGAACAGUUUGAAAGAGAAGAGCAAGCAGAAAUGCAACAGGAAAUUCUGAAGAAGGUGGCGAGGAAUUUACCCGUGUACACACGCACAGCAGGAGGAGCCAUCCGAUACUGUGGCCUCUGCCAGGUAAUCAAACCAGACCGCUGCCACCACUGCUCCACCUGUGAGAUGUGUGUACUCAAGAUGGACCACCACUGUCCCUGGGUGAAUAACUGUGUUGGCUUCUCAAACUACAAAUUCUUUGUCCUGUUUUUGGCCUAUGCCUCACUCUAUUGUGGGGUGAUAUGCGCUACAGUGGUCCAGUACUUCAUCAAAUUCUGGUCUAAAUAUCUUCCCAACACGCACGCCAAAUUCCACAUAUUGUUUCUAUUUUUUGUGGCGGCGCUGUUCUUCAUCAGCAUCCUGUCACUCUUCAGCUACCACCUCUGGCUCGUCGGCAAGAACAGGACCACCAUAGAGGCAUUUCGGGCCCCAGUGUUUGCAAAAGGGCCAGACAAAAAUGGAUUUUCUCUGGGCUUCAAGCGGAAUGUAGCCGAGGUGUUUGGGGACGAAGCAAAGAACUUUAUAUUUCCCGUUUUUUCCAGUCUGGGUGACGGGCAUUCGUUUGUAACCAGACUGAUGCACAUAGAUCCUGAACAGGCAAACAGCGUCUUGCACCAAAAUGGCAAAAGUCUUUCUAAUGAGGAAAUAAACCCAAAUGUGCACGGCGACAAUGCACAACACAAAGUGGAUGAGAAGGAGCUGAAUGGAGGAGUCCAGAUAGUGUCUGUGGCCAUUGAGAGUGAGCCAUAGAAGGCGACCUCACACGCUGCCUUGACCAUCAGCACGUCCAUAGGAGCCAUCAUCUGUUGAGGGCUUCUACAGUCCCAAUGUUCUUUUUUUUUUUUUUUUUUUUUAAUUAUUUCAAAUUAGCUUGCUACUCGGAACUACAAAGGCAUCAUCAUAACCCCUAGACUGCUGCUGUCUGAUUCAGAGGUUUGGACACACUGCGGUCCAAUCUUAUUGACAUCAAACUGGGAGUGCUUUACUCUACGAGCCGGUGUGUGUAUUUAAUUUCGCUAAAUAAGUCGCGUAACAUGCACUAUUAUACUAGCAUAAUUAAAUAUAUCUCAUAUUAGUUGAGCAUCAAUACACACUUAAUGGAUCAGCGGUAAUGAAUGCUCGCAACUAUAUGUGCAAUAUGUCCAAGAAGAUUCAGCACAGUGAGUCACUUUUUUUUUUUUUUCUUCCUAACUGAUUUUCUCAAAGUCAAAUGAUUUUUGUUUACAGUGUUGAACUAUGUAUUUUGCGACAUUCAUAAUGUGGACUGAAUAUUUAACGUGUGAGAUCUAAAUCUGGUAAAUACUUUUGAUGUGGGUACUAAUAACUUCCACUGCAUCAUUUAUAUUUUAAAUUAUGUCCUUAUACUAUUUGUAACUGUAUCCUUAAAUAUUGUAAAAACACAAUGUGUUGAUUUUAUUACAGCAUCGUUACAUAUUAUUCUUUCUCCUGCAUGCCAUCUCAUGUCAGUUCAUUUCAAUUCAAACAUUUUCAAACAGGUCCAGUUAUUUUCCCUGGUUGAGCUUCUUUAAAAAAAACAAAUCAAAUUAAAUCAGGAUCAAUUUUCAGGCCAUCCUGUUCCAUUCUAAUUAUUCAGUUAACAGUAUUGUGAAUUUUAUCAUUGAUGCUUACUGUCAAUCAAAUGAAGAGUUGAAUUCAGACCUCUGCCCAGGCCAAACAUGUCAUAAUACUUGUUUAUACUCAUAUUGUAUGUAUGAGAAAUGGUGCAGCAAACAGCUG